AUGCAUCGCCGCAGAGGACCAAAUUUUACAUAUGUUAGUGGCUGUGUGAAAUAUAUGAUUUUUGUUUUGAAUUUUAUUUUUUGGCUGUUAGGUGGCUUGCUGAUAGGUGUGGGACUUUAUGCAUUUAUCGACAAAUGGCAAGCUACAGGUCUCAUAAAGCUGGAAACAGUGUAUGAUCUCAUGUUGAACAUCAGUCUGCUGAUAGCGCUACUGGGAGGCGUGGUGUUUGUGGUCAGCUUCGCAGGAUGUAUAGGGGCGUUACGUGAGAACACCUGUUUGCUUAAAUUUUAUUCUCUAUGCCUAUUGAUACUAUUUUUGGUCGAAAUGGGCGGUGCGGUGUGCGGGUUCGUCUUCCCGCGCUCCCUUCACGGAUUUGUGGAGCAAAGUUUCACAGAACGAGUGGUUCACGCGUACAGAGAUGACCCCGAUUUGCAAAAUUUCAUUGAUUACGCUCAAAGUGAUUUCCAUUGCUGUGGCCUAACGUCAGACGGUUACAUGGAUUGGUCGAAAAACGAAUAUUUCAACUGUUCGUCGCCGUCAGUGGAGAAGUGUGGGGUUCCGUUCUCGUGUUGCAUCAACGCGACCGAUAUAAGCUCGGGAUUGGUUAAUAUUAUGUGCGGUUAUGGCGUCCAGAACUUUCCUGUAGCAGAAGCAAGCAAGCGUGUAUGGACGAGCGGUUGUAUAGAGAUAGUAAGAUCGUGGGCGGAAAGGAACCUGUAUACCAUCGCCUCAGUGGCGCUGGGCGUUGCUCUAUCACAGCUGUUCGUUAUUUACCUUGCCAAGACUUUGGAGGGACAGAUUGAGUUGCAAAAGGCUAGAUGGCAAACA